UCGAGAUGUACCAAGGGUUCCCAUUUGUAAUCUUUUAGUCUUUCCGUAUCAAAAAAAAAAAAAAAAACCCUAGCCUUUCCUUUUUUCUCUUCUCUCUCUCGGGCUGCACACGGCUCUCUCUCUCUCUCUCUCUCUCUCUCUCUCUCUCACACACCUCUCUUUCACGCUGGAAAGCUCGACUUCCGGCCAUGUAAUUUUGACACCGUCACCACCAAAAGAUAGCCCAGUUCUAGUUCCGAUUUGGCUAUCAGGUAAUCUUUCUCUCUCUUCUUUUUCAAAUUUCAAAACCAAAACGAAGAAGGAGCCCUCGUCAAAAUGACAAAACCUGAACUGGAGUCGUUAUAUCUCCUCUCUCUCUCUCUCUCUCUCUCUCUCUCUCUCUCUCUCAGCCUCUCUCCUCGACCGUCGACGAUCCUCGCUCUCCUCGACGGUUCGAUUUCUUUUACAAAAGCUAGAAUGACUAGAGCUUUUGGGAACCCAUUAAUCCCAAAACAACAAAAAUACAUAAUGGAGUGAUUUGGGUACCUUUUGCAAUCAACAAUGUGCCGAGAAGAGAAGCAACACAAGUUCAAUGAGGCUAUCCAAUUCAAAAGAUAAACAAGCUCAAGUGCUUUGGUUUUGUUAAUUGGUUUUCUCAAAUAUUGCCUUCAAGUGGAUUGGUGGUGGGUGCUGUCUCAUGCUCUAUAACUCAUCCAUGGGUUGCUAGUCUUCAUAAGACUGACAAGUUAGAACCCCUUGGCGAAGCUAGGGAAACACUUAAAUUUGCAAGAGCUCAAGUAUGGAAGCAGGCUUCCAAUUUCAAACAUCCAUUGGUUUAUAUUGAAGUUGUUGAAGAGGGUAUAUCUAGGAAGCUGAAGAAUUUCAAGGACUUCUACGUGCUUACACCUACAAGAGCUUCGUGCACAUCUUCUUUGCUCAAUGUGGAACAUCAAAGGUUUGACAAUUAGCUUCUAAUUGGUCAUAUUCUUUUGUAAAUCUCUUUGUACAUGUAGUUUUGGCAUAUUAAUGAUAUGAAAACCGUUACUAGUUCAUUGUCAUUAUUUGAUAGCCUAAGAUAAGGUGACACUACCACACUAAAUUGAAAACUGUUUUUAGCCUCAAGAAUCUGGACCACCCUUUCUCUAAUACACUUGUUGAGUCAAAGGUGAGGUUUACUAUCCUUUAAUAUUAAAGCUUGUACUUAGUAUCUUAUUUUGAGCUGUGUUAAAGCUUUAUCUUUGGUAUUUGGUAGUUCCCUUCCUUCUAAAACCUCAUCAUUCUUGAAUUUCUAGUAGACUGUGAUUGCCAGUAAUCUUCAUUUCUGUGGCAGAAUGAUGGCUAAGUAGUCAGAUUUCAAUUUUGUGGUCUAACCAAUCUACAUAGCGGCGUCAAAAAAGGAAAAAUGACUGAAGACAAGUUUGACAAGACACUCUCUCUUCAUAGAGGUGCCCUGGACUAUGAAAGCUUGAGAGAUGUUGACAUGAUCAUAGAGGAAGGUUUCUUUAAAGCAACAAAUUUUUCUGACCUCGAAAAUAUUUCCCACAACACUGCAUACUUGCAAGUAACACUUCCACACUUGAACCUUAUGGAGAAAACACCAAAUCCCAUGAUCGAAUUAUUGGAGCCCAUUUCUUUAGCACAUGUCAUGCCACUUUUGGAAAUUGUCCACACUAAUCAGAUAUCUCCACAAGUUAUUGUUGAUUUGCUAGAAGUUGGGAAGAAGAUAAAGAAAACCCCAGUUGUUGUUGGGAACUGCACUGGAUUUGCUGCUGUCAUAGAAGAAAAGCGAGCACCCCAUGCAGUGAAGGCUUACGCCAAGGAUGACCCGUUCAAUCCUACAAGUUGACUACUUCCCAUAAAUGGAACAAUUGUUACAUUUAUACAAGUCCAAAUGUUGUUGAUAGUAGUUUUAUUGUUUUUUUUUUUUUUCCCGAUGCUAUAUUAUAUUUCAUUUAAUAAAGAUUGGCAUUCUUCGAUACAAGAAAAAAAAUACGUCAUAA